AAACUUUCGUGUUCGAAGAAAAGAAUACAUUCAGAGUUUAGAAUUAACGAAAGAGCAACAGCAAGAAGAAAUAAAUUUGCUUCGACAAGCUUUGAUGCACUUGCAAGAAGAAAAUACAAGAUCGAAACAAGAAGUUGAAGAAUUGUGA